CUCCAACACGCCUCUUCGCUCGCUGACCUGUUUACCGCACACGCAUCAAUGAGUCCUUACGUGAGCUUGGAGAGGAUUAGCGCAUCUAUGCGAUAACCCGCAUUUCUCCAGCCGCAAUCGCAGCCGUACCUACCCUUCCCAUGACGCCUGAGCUGCCUGCGCCCAAGCGAAUCGGCUCGGAGCAAUGGCCGAAGUCGUCGGCCUUGCCGCCAGCAUCCUCCAGAUAGCUGGCGCAGGCGUUAAGCUGUCCACGGCUUUGUACAACUUCGCCAGCUCGGCGAGUCGUGCGGACCGGGACGUCGCCGACAUUGCCGACGACGUGAUGCUGACAGCGAACGCUCUGGACAGCGUCGGAAAAGUCUUUGAAAAGGAGGAUGGGAAAACGGUUGUGUCUCGGAGGGCUAUCCAGGAUGCUAAUGGCCUCAUCAAGCGAUGCGAUGCUGUCUUCGGCGAGAUCCAAGAGGUGGUGGAGAAGAGGAGGAAGGUGUGCAAGGAUGGGAAGAAGAUUCUGAGCACCUUCGGCAAAUUUUCCUGGCCAUUGAAAGAGCAGAGAAUUGAGCUGCUGCGGAGAAGGCUGGAGAGCUUGAAGAAUAGUCUCAUGCUGUUGCUUCAUGUCCUGCAGCUCGCGAACGGGCAGGCCAAGGGAGAACUGGAGAAGAGCGCUCUGGAGCAAGAGCGUGAAAAGAUCCGUGAGCUCCACCAACGACAGCAAUACUCGCUCCAAGCCCUCCAAGCCUUGGAAAGCAAAUUAAGCAAAGUUUCUCUAGAGGACGAGGAGACCCUUCGUGGCUCCAAUGCGCCUUCUCGCGUCCCCACUAUCGACUUCAUGGUCAGGUCCUCGACAUCCGUCGCACCGGAAGAAGCGAAUCAAAGCGGUGCCGCCAACUCAGGUCCCACUGCCAUGGCUACGCCUCUUUCGGACGACUCCGGUACCUCCGACAGCGACGACACUGUAACUGACGAUGAGGGAGAGCACCUGACCGUUGAGGAGCUCACCAAAUGCGCGAACCAUGUGCAAAAGUUAUUGAAACGGAUCACUGUCCUCCAACAGUCGUUCGAAGCCGCGACCGCACAAUCCACAGGCCAUUAUCCCAAACAUCGCGUAAGCAAGCUAUAUCGACGCUUUUGCCGGAAGUUCGAGUCGGAGAUAGUGCUUCGCAAGGCUGCUGAUGCGGCUGCUACGGCACCCUUACAGGAGUUUGUGCCGCCGUCUAAAGCAUGGAGUGGCAUGCGGGGGGAGUCUGAGAGGACUGAGAAGAUGUUGCCCUCUAUAAGGUCGUUCACGCAAGCAGAUUUUUAUGCAAAGUCGCCUCCGCUCUUUAGCCCCUUAGGGCCGGUCACUCUGAACUCGCAGCCAGUUCGGGAAGGAGAGCCCGCUUCACGGAUAAAAUCGGAUGGUAGAGCGCAAGGGAAUGCUCGCUCCCAUUCUGCGCAACUGGCUCCGUCUGACGAGGGUACAGCUAAUCGUGAUCCCUCUGUGUUCACCUUCAAUCCGGCGAAAUCUCUUCACAUCCGGACCAACUCUGACUCUCCCCGCCAAUCGAAUGUGCCACGCUCUUCCGGCUCGUUUUCUCGUUUUGGGGAGAUCCAGUUCCCGAUUCAAUGGCCCAGAUCAAGCUUAUCAAACGGCUGGCAGGAUCCAACGAGGCCUAGCAUACAAACAAAUGAGCACGAGCAGAAGAACUCUAGCAUUCCUAUGCUUCAAGCUAGAACUCCUACUACUGAUAUCGGAGUCAAGCCUGAGUCAGGCUCAGCGCUAGAGCGGCCAUCGCACGCCACGAGCGAGUCACCACCUUCUCUUGAAGGCACUGAAGAGGACAAUCAGAGCGGCUCCGAGAUGAACGGGGACCAAACGCCCGUGGAAGGCAUGCCUAUUCACUAUACCAAAACUGGGCGGAUCAGCAAGGCUAAGAAGGGCCUUAAAGUGCACACUUGCCAAUGUGGAAAGUCUUUCACAAGAGCGGAGCAUCUCAGGCGCCACCAAAAGAACCACGGCCCGAACCAGGUACGGUGUGAUCUGUGCGGAAAAGUCUUCUUCCGAGUAGAUCUGCUACAGCGACACAGAGACAGACACAAGGACAAUGCUUGCGCUAUCAGCCCCGCUACACCAAUCCAUGAGGAUAUUGCCGCUGGAACAGGCAUGGAUGCCGUUGGUCGUCGAAUCAAACCAAUAUUGCCGACACCAACAUACUCUUCUAGCUCCAGCCUUCCUCCGCCUCGUCGUUCGCCUGAUAUUCCUCUUCCUCAGUCAUACCCUCCCGCACCGUUGCAAGCACAAGAACAUGAUGAACAUGGGCGACCGAUCUACCGACAUUCUGCAAGCCUGUGUUAUACGCCAUAUGAGUUACUACCGCAGCAGUCGGCCUACUAUCAGCACCCAUCCGUUCAGCAACAGCAGCAGCCUACACCAAACGAUUCGCUUCUACAGUCACAUCAACAGGGACCCCAAAUGAAGCACCCUCAUCAGCCUCACCCGCACAGCGCUAGAAUGGCGGGUAGCCCCAAAUCCCGCAUGCCACAGAUGCCACUCCAACGACCACCCUCCGGAAUAGGUCCCUCAUUGCCUUCCCCUUCAGGUUAUUCUCCAGGCUUUUCAUAUCCGCAUCCGACGCGGGUACAGCCACGGAUUCAACAUAGCAGCUCAGUCCAACAGGUCACUACCAGCGAUUCCAGAAACCGUGCCACUAAACAAGACCAGAGUCUCCAACCGUCGCAUACUAGGCCACGUCUCUCUCUCGAUGUUCCUUCCAAUAGUCCUCACGCCUCUCCGCAGCUGGCGUCGAACUAUGGGCGCCAGACACAACGUCCACCUUCGGAUAGGUUACCGCAUCUGGCACCUCGACCGCCUAUCGGAGAAAUCAGUAAAAUGCAGAUGGUCGGUGGGAUGGCCGGCAGUGCGACGCAGAGCGGCCCGUUCCAGCAGACCGUACAAGAUACGCACGCACAUCCUUCAUCCUUCGGGAGGGAUCCGCAUAUUAAGAGUGAAUUCGGUCGGAUGUUUUCUGGUUUGGGAAGCAGCCUAGGCACCUCAGCGCCUUCAAGCGACACCCUUUUGGCCGAGAGCGCAAAAGAGACAGUAUCAAGUUCUUCUCGAGAAAAGGAUUGGACUAAUGGUCGAUCACCUGCUGGCACUCGACCGCCGCCUGGAAUCACGAUGGAGCCGCUUGUUGGGAGCGGGUCACGAUUUAAUAACGAAGAAAGGACGCCGUCCAUGUCUGGUCCAUUUUCUAACCAUAUGGACCAGCUUGAGCAAGAGUACGAUCCACAUGAGAACCUUGGAGAUACGCCUAGGCCGCCCGUGACUCGUCCUCAUACGAAGGAGCAAAACGCUGUUACUGUGGAGACCGACGUAGGUAACGCUCGUGAGGGAGGGACUGAAGAGGCGCGUGAGAGAGAAGAAGGCGCUCCACUGCCGCGACAGGAGCGAAUAAUCACUGAACGCCCCCGGUCAUUAUCUCCCAUGCCAAUGCCCCCAUCCAUAUCAGAUGAGAAGUCAGAUUUCUCAAAAGAAUUCGAACUGCACGAUGACAGGUCUCUGGAUUUAGAUUUGGGACAAGAUGAGGGAAUCGAGAGUGCAUCUCCGCAGUACAAGUGCCUCUACCCACCUUGUACAUACGCCUCCGCGCGACAGUCGAACUGCAAGCAGCAUAUGGAGAAGGCACACGGCUGGGAGUAUGCCCAUCGCGAUCGUACCCCUCCUACUCCACUUGCACCAUUCCUCGGCACGCCGCAGUCUGCGACGCUGCCUACAUCAAUGACUCCUUUUCUCCCGUCUCCCUCAGUCCCAAUGGUCGAAGCUUUCGAUUAUCCGCAUGCCCCUGGCACCCGGACCGUAGAUGACUCCAACGAUCCCCAAGUGCGCUUGAAGCGCGCACGCAAUACCACUGCAGCCAUAUUGUCUCGCAGACGGAGAGCUAGUGGUUCCAACGAGGCUCUCGAAAAGCCUAUUUCCGAGCAGGAGGCCCAAACCAAGGAGCUUGAGGAUGUGCGUGAACCUUCCGUUGAGAGUCCAGCCGUGCGAGCAGGAGCCGCAGCUAGAAGCGACAGUGUAACCGUGCCCUCGCCCUCCAGCCGUCGAAAAUCUCCUCACGCACGACAUGGGGGCAAGAACGACGAGAAGUGGGAGCCGGCCGCCAAAGGCGCUCUGGUUGCCGGUGCCGUCGAAGCCUUCCGCAGCCGCAACAUUCCUAGUCCCUGGACUGGCGAGAAGGGCCAGCGAAUUGCUACUGCUGCCCUUGGUGCCGCUGGUAUUGACAGCCUUGUAGACAAGAACCGAGAGAAGCACGGCAAGCGCACCGAGCGCGGUCCGACCGAGGUCGCCCUAGACACUGCCCGCAGCUUUCUCUCAAGCCUGCGCGCCGGCAAGGCGAAGUAUCCGGGCACCUCGCCGGCGCUCGACCGGGGCAUUGCAGAGCAGGAGGCUAGGGUCAAGGAGCUCGAAGAGACAAUCGGCAAGAAGCGCGAGGCCGGUGGCAGCGCAGAAGACUUGGAGGCCGAUAAAUGGGGUGAUGGCGGCCGCGGUGAGGAAGCUGCGUCUGCAGAGCUGGGUGGGAAUGCGGAUAUGCUUGGGCGGAAGCGCAAGAGAGCGAUGAGGGAGAGUAAGAGUGACGUCGAGGAAGAAAGUCGUAAGAAGCCUAGAAGGGGUGCUCAGGAUAGGGUCGGGGAAGUUACCAAGGAGAGGAGAAGCCUUGAUGGCGAUGGCGGUGCAGAGGCGAUGGACGUCGAAGAAGGCGAGGCGCACAGAGAGCCUGGAAAAGAGGAUGAUGAUGGCGAGAGGGAUAUCGUCGACGUUCUUUUGGAGCAGUGGACCAUUCCUGUGUAUUAGAAUUCUGCGGCAGUUUUCAUGAGGAGCUGGCUUAUCAUGCCUGCGAGCAUCUGACGACUUGAUUUUUUUUGGUCUUCAUGUUUAUAAGUACCUAUCUACAUACCAAGGUGCAUAUUGGUUCGAAUCAAUUCAAUGCAAACCUUUG